ACCGAGGACAAGUGUACAAGUACAACCACAUUCUCCUCGUUACUCGAACAUGAGUAAUACUUGUAUACAUUUUCAUAUGGGAAUUUCUCGUCAUACAACUACCAAAAGAAAGUGCAGAAACUUGAAGAACAGUAGCAUUUCCUUUCAACAUCAACAAUGGAGGAUUUCUCUUCAACAAUGUCAUUUAACCAUAACAAGCAUCUCAAAGAACAUUUUGUUAGCAAUUUAACUGGAUCAUCUUUGCUCGACAUUUUCUCAAUUUCAUUCGUGAUUCCCAUUAUUGUGCUUCUUCGGCGUGCAAUUGGAUUUAAUUACGUUUCUGGUUCCAUUAAAUCGCAGAGGUCAUCAAAGAAAGAUGAUGGUGAUUCGGCUACUGCAAAGUAUUCCAGUGCCUACAUGGUGUCAAUGGCUGUGGAUUUUCUCUUCAUUGUUGUUCCCAUACUUUUAAUUCACAUUGUAAGUUAGAUUCAUAUAAAGUGCUGGAGCAUUAAAUAAAAUGUCUGAGGAAAGAAGUAUGAGGACUUCACCUAUACAUUUUCUUAUCUAUUUCAAUAUUAUCGAUCUAAAAUUACUAUCAGUGCUAAUGUCAUAUUCUCCCUUUCCAAAUUUGUUUCAAGUCUUGCACUCUUGCAUAAGUUUCCAUUCUUAUUUAUUAGCUGAUUGGUCUGCUCUCAUUGUUAGAGAUUUAGAGCAUUCUUCUACUUCCAAUCCUCUCAUGGUAAA